AUGGGUCUUAUUGCGAAUAGUGGCAGCGUAGCUCUUUUUCUUGUAGCUAUUAUUCGAUGGUGUUCUCGAGGCAAAGUUGCUUACGAAAUUCCAGUCAAUAUUGGUGUAUUAUCUAUCGGCACUGGUGCUCUUUUUGCUCUUGCUUUCCUUUGGAACAAGACAUCGAUUAUAGGCGGUUUUCGCCAUUCUACUUAUCUUAUGGCUCUUUCAUUUUGUUUAGCUCUCGUUGAUGUUACUUCAAGUGCAACAUUCAUGCCAUUUCUUCAUCGAUAUGAGCUUCGUUUUCUCAAUGGAUUCUUAUUUGGUGAAGCACUCUCAAGUUUACUACCUGGACUGCUUGGACUCGUUCAAGGUGUCGGUGCUGCACCAAGUUUACAAAGUAAGCAGAUUGAUCGAUUUUAUUGUCAAAUAUGA